CGUUGGUAAGACAUCACUUCUUUGGUGGAAACUUAAGUGCUAAGUUUAGCUCCAGUCUCUCGCGUCUUAUCGAGUGAAGUGAACAUUCAAUCGACUAUAUACAAAAAUAUUUUUUUAAAGGAUAAAAGUCAUCGUACUUGCAUUCGUGUGUGCCUUAUUUUGAAAUCAACAACAACAAAAAACAAGUGCUCAAAAUGAAAUUCAACGCAACUUUCGCUUUGAUCGUGAUCUGCGGUUUGGUGGCCUGCAGCCAGGCAUUGCCUGCCAAGAAGAGGUUGGCCUACUACCAACAACCCGCUGCGGCCCAAUACUAUGCUGCACCACAGCGCAUGAUGUUCAUGCGUUACGUCCAACCCUCUUUCGGUGCCGCCCGUUCCCAUCAAGCUGCUGCCGCACUCGUUGCUGGCGUUGAUUGUGUCCACACAGGAGCCGAUGGUGUGGUUGCUGCUACUGGACCCGUUGAAGCCGCUGGCUUCUCUGGUGAAGUGCAAGAUGAUGCUAUCGCCGCUGCCGGUGCUCACAUCUCGCACUCUGUUGCCGAAGCUUAUCCCGCUGCUGCCGCUUCCGCUGAGGAACAACACAAAGUAAGCGUACAAGUUGAUUUGGAUCCCGUUGCAAGCGCUGAGGUUAGCGAUGAUGAGGCCAAGGAAGGCCGCGAAUACAAUUACGAUGCGCCUGCUGUUGGUGUUGAAGUGAAUUUGGCCGGUGAAGCUGAGGUUGAGAGCCCAGAACCAGCUGCCGCUGAUGCUGGUACCGCUACAGUUUCGGUUGGUUUCUCUGGCGCUGCUGAAUCGGAAGCACCUGCUGCUGGCAGUGCUGUCGCCUCAAAGGGUAUUGAUGUGAACGUUAACUUGCCCGCUCCCGCACCAAUUGCUCCCGCUGCCAAACCAGCCAGACGUUACUUGCCAGCCAACAAGAAGAAGGUUGUUGUUGAAUUGGAACAUGCUGCCGAUGCCGAAGAUGAUGCCGAUAGCGCUGUUGCUGUGCAAGAUGAUGAAGACGUUGAAGAUGAACCACUUCCUCCCCGUCGUUCAGUUGCCAGAAAGCCCGCUAGAGCCAAGCCAUUGCCAGCUGGUACCUUCUUCCCUGUUGACUUCGGUGGUGCUACCGGUGGUGCCAUCGCCAUUGCCAACUCUUUCAGCACUGGUGAGGGUGGUGCUGCCACCAGUCACGCCAUCGCCUAUGGCAAUCCCGAUCAGGCUCGCGCCCACGUACCCUCCCGCAGACGUCACUAGAUAUCUCGCUUCAAAUAGCAUUUAAUAACUCUUUGUAAACUCCAUAACCGCUAGCGCAACGCAAUUGACUUGAUAAUGUAAUGCCUGGAUAAAUAGUAAUCUUAAAGCCUCUUAACAAUUGUUUCUAUAAUUAAAUGUAUAUUUUUUUGUUUUUAACUUCUUAGCCCAAUUGUACAUUGACGACAACAAAAAAAUGACAAAUAAAAAUCUUUUAUCCUUAAAAAAUAAA